GUCUGCUGCGUGUUCACUGGUCGCAGGUUCCAAACGGACAGCUGAGCUCCCUCCCGGUAUGAUAUCCCACUCCGUGGUCCGGGCUCUCCGCAGCAGUGUGAGGUGCUGGAGACACCGGGCGGUCCUCAGAGCGGCUCUGGAGGCCUCGGACGUCGGCUCCUGGCGCUGGUACUCGACCCCGGUCCGUGGCGGUUUCCCGGGUAUGGAGGAGGUUCUGGCCAGGGUCGUCGCACCUUUACCGUCCUACGAGACCAGAGACAAGUCCCCCCCUCCGCCCGAAUCCAACAGCCUGGAGUUCAUGCACUUCUACAGGAGUCUGGACAGGGAGGAUAAGCUCAGCCUCCUCUCGAAGCUGUCGCAGGACUUCGGCGUGGACCAUAAGACCGUCUCAGAGCUCGCCGUUAAGCUGCUGGACACGCAGCUGCGGGACCAGGCGACCGUUUUACAGGUGGAAGACCGGCUCCGGUACAACCUAACUCCCCGGUACAAGCAGCUGCUCAGCCAUAUCAGCAGGGUGGAGGGCGGCGUGAAGUUUCUGGUGGACCUCCGAGCCGAUCUGCUUGAAAUAAUCUCAUCCAAAGCGAGCGAGAGCGCGCACAUCAGGGACCUGAACGGGACGCUGAAGGGGCUGCUGUCUGAGUGGUUCUCUGUGGGUCUGCUCCGACUGGAGAGGAUCACCUGGCAGUCGCCCUGCGAGAUCCUGCAGAAGAUCAGCCAAUACGAAGCGGUGCAUCCUGUGAGGAACUGGACCGACCUGAAGCGCAGAGUGGGACCAUACCGCCGCUGCUACGCCUUCACUCACGCUGCGAUGCCCGGAGAGCCGCUGGUCGUUCUGCACGUGGCCCUCACAGAAGACAUCUCCAACAACAUCCAGAGCAUCGUCCGCGAGUUCGCCACCCUGGACUCAGAGGAGGAUGUGAAUAAGAUCAACUCAGCCAUCUUCUACUCCAUCUCUUCAACACAGGCUGGUCUGCAGGGGGUGGAGCUGGGCAACUACCUCAUCAAGAGGGUGGUCCGAGAGCUGCAGAGUGAGUUCCCUCACAUGGCCCAGUUCUCCAGCCUGUCUCCCAUCCCAGGCUUCUCCUCCUGGCUCCAGGGUCUGCUGAGCCAGUACAGGAAGGAGGGCCGGGGCUCCGACCUCCUGUCUGAGCAGGAGUGGAAGGAGGUGGAACAGGCCACCGACUCGACCCCGGGCUCCCCUGCCGUCGACUCCCUCCGUAAGCUGAUAGCUACCAGCGAGUGGACGCGUUCGGAGAGGCUGUCCGCCGUCCUGGAGCCCGUCCUGAUGCGUCUCUGCGCCUGGUACCUCUACGGGGAGAAGCGCCGAGGCUUCGCCCUCAACCCGGUGGCCAACUUCCACCUGCAGAACGGCGCCACCAUGUGGAGGCUCAACUGGCACGCCGACACCAGCCCCAGGGGCGUGGCCAACUCCUGCGGCAUCAUGGUGAACUAUCGCUACUUCCUGAACGAGACGUCUAAGAACAGCGCCCUCUACCUGCAGAACAAGGUGAUCACAGCCUCAGAGCAGGUGCUGGGGCUGGUGUCCCAGUAUCAGAAGAACAGCAAACUGUGACAAAGACACAACAAUACGCCUGAGAGUCUUUGAUUGUGCAGGUUAGCUUGCACUUGGUGGGAAUAAUGUGUUGACUGAUGAAUAUAAUUGUGUUAAAUCCGUCCUUGGUAUUUGCCACGGUUCAACAAAUAUCCACAAACCAAUAGCUUGACUAAAUGAAUGUCAGCUGAUAUUAAUUUUGAAUUGAAACUGGAGCAUUUCUUGCGUGCCGUAGCUCGGCCCAUCUGCUGUUUGCCUCAUUAGAUUUCUGGCCGGAGCUGUUUGAUAUUGUGUAAGUGAUUCCCAGGACAGACUGCAGCUAAUGAAGCACGAGGCGUCUAUCAAUGCCGUAGCAUGUUCUGGGAUAGCAGCGACCAGAAUAAAUCAUGUUUAGAUUCUUCAUUUGGAUGAAGUGUCUCACUGUAAACAUGUCAGAGAAUACGGGGAAAUGGAUUUUCUUUCUUUUCUUUUUUUGUGCUUGGGUUUAUCUACACUUGCUGUUUUAGUGCCUUUUACCCACUAAAGCUCAAUACACAAAGGCAUGAAAUCACAGAGUGGAAAUAUUAUUUCAUAUUAAAUAACUCUAAACAAAA